AUGAGCUUUCUCGUAUUGCCAAAGCUAACUGUAAAUCUACCUACGGCUACGAUCAACGCAACAGGAUGGGCAAUUCCAAAUGGCGUUCAAUUGGCCGAUCCGUCAUUCUGUGUUUCCAAGAGUGUGGACAUAGUACUCGGCAUUGAAGCCUUUUUUGACUUCUUCGUAACUGGUCAGAAAAUUUCACUUGGCGAGCAAACGCCAGCUUUAAACGAGUCGGUGUUUGGAUGGGUGGUGUGCGGUGGUCUGUCAGCUCCCAAUCAAUCGCUACAAAUCAACUGCAAUUUAUCUAUGUCGGAUAGUCUGGAUGCGCUACUGACACGGUUUUGGGACUGUGAAGAAAUAGAAUCGGUGGUAAACUAUUCUCCGGAGGAAGUGCGCUGUGAGGCAUUAUUCGCACAAACGGUCCAACGUGGAACAGAUGGACGGUAUACUGUUUCUCUACCGAAGGACGAAGAAAUUCUUGCACGGAUGGGCGAUUCAAGGGACAUCGCAUUCCAACGGCUCCUGGGAACGGAGCGCAGGUUAGCAAGGAACGCUGACUUGAAGGAACAGUACGUUUCGUUUAUGGACGAGUAUUGUCGUUUGGGACACAUGAAAAAGGUCGAUAUUAAUCCGCACGAUACAAUCAAGCGUUGCUAUCUACCACACCAUCCGGUAGUUAAGGAGGCAAGCACGACCACAAAGGUUCGAGUGGUCUUUGACGCAUCUUGCAAAACUUCGUCGGGCAUCUCGUUGAACGAUGUACUACUGGUGGGGCCGGUGAUUCAGGAGGAUUUACGGUCGAUAAUCAUGAGAUGCAGAACCAAGCAAAUCAUGAUUGUAGCCGACGUCGAAAAAAUGUUUCGGCAAAUAGAUGUCAAACAGGAGGAGAGACCACUGCAAUGUAUUCUUUGGCGCCCAUCGCCUGCGGAUGAUGUAGCAACGUACGAACUUAAUACGGUAACCUACGGUACCAAACCAGCACCGUUCCUAGCAACGCGCACACUAAAGCAACUGGCGUUAGAUGAAGAAGUUCGAUUUCCGUUGGCAGCCCAGGCAGCUAUCAAGGACACGUACAUGGAUGACGUGUUAACAGGAUCGGAUGACGUUGAAGAAGCGAUCAAGCUACGAAUUCAAUUAGAUGAGAUGAUGUCCAGCGGGGGAUUUCGUCUCAGGAAAUGGGCUUCCAACGCAGCUCCAGUUUUGGAUGGAAUCGCUGAAGAAAACUUAGCGAUACGCGAUGCUGAUGGGAUCAACUUGGACCCAGACCCCUCAGUGAAAACCUUGGGACUUACAUGGUUGCCCAAUACCGAUGUUUUCAGGUUCCAGUUCAAUAUUCCGACGCCUGAUACUGUGGAUGGCUUCUCCAAACGUCGUAUUCUUUCGAUAAUAGCCACACUGUUUGACCCAUUGGGACUCAUAGGAGCCACCAUCACAACCGCCAAGCUGUUCAUGCAACUUUUAUGGACGCUGAGAGACGAGGAUGGCAACAGGUUAGACCCACCAACGGUGGGUGAGAAUUGGCGAAAGUUCCACCUCCAGUUACCGUUAUUGAACGAGAUACGAAUUAACCGAAGUGUGAUUCUACCCGGUGCGGUGGCAAUAGAGUUACACUGCUUCUCGGAUGCUUCUGAGAAGGCAUAUGGAGCGUGCAUUUACAUUCGGAGCCAAGAUGCAGAAGGGAAGGUGGCGGUUCGUCUGUUUGCAUCCAAAUCGAGAGUUGCCCCUUUAAAAUGCCAAACGAUACCGAGACUUGAGCUCUGUGGAGCGCUCAUAGCUGCUCAAUUGUAUGAGAAGGUACAGCAGUCUGUUCGAAUCAACUCUCCCGUUUUCUUCUGGACAGAUUCCACUUAUAUUAUAAACAACGAAUCCUGGUGGAAUGGUCCAUCCUGGUUGGCAGAAGCUCGUGAUCAGUGGCCCCAGUAUCCUGGUGAUUUGAAUAACGAGGAGGAAGAAGAGGAAAGGCGUCGUACGGCGAUUGCAGCUCCAGCUUCAUCAGUGACAGAAUUCAACGAUUGGUAUAUCGUUCGGAAGGCGGAAUCACCCAAGGCCGAUCGUUUGGCGACAUACGUUGGUUUCGGAAUGACGGUGCAGCAACUCGUCGAUCAUUUAGAAGCAACUGCUCUAAAAGACCACUUGGUGAAGCCUAUGCUGAUCCAAGAAUUGGUAAAAAAAACUACCAGCUAG